UCUGUCGCUGGAGAAAUGUCUGGAGCAUGAAAUGGUGGAAAGCCUUCUCGAGCAGCACUUGCAAUUUUCUGAUCCCUCUUAUUCUCCAACAUUUUCCAAAUGGGUCGAGCGUGACACUCCCAAACGCGAUUCCGUCACUGCGAUACAUCGAUUGUAUGAGGACAAUUUGAACACAGUGCCCCAGAACGACGGGUUGGACUGAAAGAUGUUGUGGUUUAAGCGAGUAUCGAAAUGUGUGAUUCUGAUUAGGUUUUUGGGUCACUUGACAAGCAGUUCAGUUGCAGCAUGAAGAAAAGACAGGAAGGAGUGAGAGUGAAGCGAAAGAGAAGUAGCAGAGAAGUUUGGGAAUAACGCAUCAAGUAUGAGAUGGUCCAGCCCCACUAGCAUCAUAACAACUUGAAGACUUGGAUUACUACUAUACUCGAGGUGAAUUCUGGAAACAUGUGAGCGUGUGAGGCACCCGGUGGGUGGGACAACGUCGAAACAAAAGUAUGCCUCGUCGAGGAAUAUUCCCCAAGAAAUAUUCCUUACGGGUCGACGGUCGUGCCGAAGACACAGUGACGCGAGAGGAGGAGGAGAUGGGGCACAUGCGCUCGAGACGAGAUGAGGCAGAUGUCAAAGCGUAGGGGAGCAGAGGGGGGCUGCCAUAAUUCGGCCAUCCAUGCUGUACGACAUGACAAUGUCGAGAGUCAGUUGGGUGUUGGGAAUCUGGAGCAAGAGUCUCAGGAGGCAAGGACGAGUGCACAAAGUUGACAAAGUUGGUUGGGGCGGAACAGCUUUUGCAUCGCAUGAAGAGUUGUAUCGUCGACGUAAUUUCGGUCACAAGACUGCGUGGGAUGAAUUUCGAAUAAUAGCUCGGAGUGACAAGCCCCUUUGCAUAGUUUCCACUUUCACCUUUCGGUCUCGUCCUUUCACCAGGACUGUUCUGCGCGUGCUGUGGUGCAUGUACCAUCGGGGGUUUGGGUGAUAAGCAUAAAGGUAUGUUUGGCAAGAGAAAUCAACCCAUGCUUGGUCAAGAUUCCGAGGACUGGCUCAUCAAUGUUGACGUAGACCAUCAGUUAACAAACCUUGGGUUGCUUAUUGAUUGCAAGUUUUGGAAUUUUAUUGUUCUCUCGAGGAGAGUGAUGGUAACAAUGUCGAAGGACGUACGUCUAGACCUGAAGUUUUGAUGUGUUUUGUGCUAUUGACCAAUUUGUAAGCUUGAGGUACUACGGUACAUGGUGCAUUUGCAAGAGCUUGUUGACUUGCCAAAGUCGAUACGAUGAUUCAUUGGGAUGAAAAAGUCGGGACGACG